AAAUCUUUAAUUUGCAGAGGGCGCUAUAUUUGCAAAUGGUUCUUUACGUUUUUCGUGAAAUUUGAAACAUCGGAGCUGAUUUGAAGAUUUCGAGAUGAAUUCGUUAUUUAUAUUUAGCAGAUCGUGCAAUCGAGUAAAUGCUCUUUAUUCAAUAAAAAGAAUAGGGGCACUUGAUAUCCAUAUGAAAGCCUCAGCAGUUCCAGUUCUCUUUUCAAAGAUUGCAUUGCCAGCACCAGAAAAAAUUGAUGUAAAAAGAAUUAGUCAAACAGCAGUCAAAUGUUCUGAGGAUCACAAAGGACAUGACCAUAGUUUUAUGUGGACUUUAGAGAGAGUAGUAUCUCUGUCAUUAAUGGGAAUGAUGCCAGCUGCUUUUGUUUUCUCUCAUCCCAUAAUGGAUUAUCUUGUUUCAUUGGCUCUUGUUGCACAUGUUCAUUGGGGCAUAGAAAGUGUUGUUGUUGAUUAUGUUCGCCCAAGAAUUUUUGGAUCAACUAUAGCAAACGUUUCACUUGCAUCUGUUUAUUUCUUAUCUGCUUUAUCAUUAGGAAGUCUGUUUUAUUUCAAUUAUUCUGAUGUUGGAUUAGUGAAUGCUAUUAAAAUGUUCUUUUCUCUAUAAUUUCACGAAAGAACCAACUUUUAUCGCUCUAGAAGAGCGUUAAAAUCACACAACUUGUCUUCAACUGAGCGUCGCACAAAAUGACGCCGUUUCCUAACGGUACUAUAAUUAUAGUAUUUUGGAGAGCAACGUACUGUAAACAUGACGCAAUGAAUAAUAGUGUGCAACUAAAUAUGGACAGAACACUAAUGUUUAGGUCAACAGACUACGCCAAGUAUGUUCUUUUUGAAGUUCUAAUCGUAUUUCAACCAAAACUACUACUUUGAAAGAACCUCGUGUUUGUUAUAUAGUAUUGCGUCAUAACUUUAUAGUGUAGCUGCAGUGGCAGGUUACGCAAAGAUAUUUAAGUGUAUUUGAGAAUUUUACAGUUAAAAUGUU